CUACUACCUGCAAGCUCGUGAGACAAGGCCACAUUUUCGAUCCUCCAACAACUUUGACUUUUCUUAAGAAUUACAUUAAAAAACCAGGAUUCCUUUGUCUUCAUAUCAAGAUCAUAAAGCCAUUUGGUUCCUGUAUCGUCCUUUCAUACGUUAGGCAAAACUUCACCUUGCAUAUCUGAAGUCCAAUUCACCUUUGACAACACAUUUGGGCACUGCUGCACCACAUCGGCAUCAUCGUCGUCUUCUUUCCCGACACUCCCACGACCUACGAAACAUUUCCCGAGAAUUAGAACCACCACUGGUGUUUUCUCAAGAUGACGCUCUAUUACACACUUGUCUUCAUACUCCUGGUGGCGGAGAUGUCACUCUUUAUGUUCCUCGUUGUCCCAAUGCCUUUUGCCAUCCGGCGAAAGAUGUUCACCUUCCUCUCAGAGAACCCUGUUGUUGCCAAGUUACAAUACUGGCUCAAAAUCACCUUCGUAUUCAUCUUGAUUCUAUUCCUGGAUAGUGUCAACCGCGUCUACCGUGUUCAACUUGAGCUAGCCGCCGCUACCGAGAAACAGGGCACAGCAGCGGUGAUGGGUCACGAACGUCUCGAAGUCCAAGCACGCAAGUUCUACAGCCAGCGCAACAUGUACCUAUGCGGCUUCACCCUGUUCCUAUCUCUUAUCCUGAACCGCACGUACAUUAUGAUCCUGGAAGUUCUCCGCCUGGAAGAGAAGGUUAAGCAGUACGAGGGCACCGACCGCAAGACUAAGGAAUCUGAGAAAUUGGCCGAGGCCGGAAAGCCCGGCGAGAUCGCCCGCCUCCGUACCGAACUUGAGAAGAAGGACCGUGAUAUCGAGACUCUGCGUAAGCAGGCUGAGGGUUUAUCCCGCGAGUACAACAAUCUGUGUGAGAAGUAUGGCGAGACUCAGCCUCCCGCUGGCACUCGCAAGGAUAAAUAGAUAACGUAACCCCGUACCACACAAGAGACCGAUACCAUAGCAACGCAGUACGUUUAUGGCUGGACGGAGAGUGGUGAAAAUUACGAAGGAUAGGAUUGUCUAGGUGGCAUGCUAUCCCGCUUUUUUUUCGGAGGCUGCGAAUGUCACAAUCGAUAGAGAUGGCGUAACGGGGAAAAUGGCGAAGGGAAAAUGGAUGGACCAACUGAAACAUUGCACUAUAUGAGAAGAAGAGCUUGAGUAUGGACGAGUUGGCCUAUCUUCCUUCCCAUCUUACGGUAUUGGUGGGUAUAGAUUCUCCUGUUCGCAUGUAUGGAUAGGAGAGGCUUUGAUGGAUCAAUACAGAAUUUCUGCUUUUCCCCAUUUGACUAACCUGCGAUUAUAUUUGUUCGUGAUUGGGUGGUGUCUGAGGUAUGUAACCGACUAGGCCAUCCCAGCAUGGUCGUUGAUCUAACAUUGCCGGUGGAAGACCGUUACUGUGAUGGGUUAUUUAUACUUCACUCUGCAGACUGUAUGGACGAGUUGCUAAUAGACUAGAGGAAUGGUCACCUGUGAGAUUGGAU